AUGAAGUCUGACGAUUCAUUCGAAGCCACCUAUGCGGUGAAGAUGCACUGCAAUGGAUGCACCAAUGAUAUCAAGAGUUGUUUGCAAGAGAUCCAUGGUAUUGAAGGAAUGCAAUUCGACCUUGGCCAACAGAUAAUGAGCGUCAAUGGGAAUGUUGCACCUUCAAGUAUCAUUUCUGCUCUACGGCGUUGCGGUAGAGAUGCCAUUAUUAGAGGUACGGGGAAACCCAAUUCAUCUGCGGUAUCAAUCCUCGAGAGUCAUGAAGGAAAAGAUCCACUCACAGUACGUGGACUUGUGCGUAUGGUUCAAGUAGCCGAGAAGAGAACUCUUUUUGACGUUACAAUCAAUGGCGUUGAGAAACCUGGGAAUUACUAUGCAAGUGUUCGUGAACAAGGUGACGUCUCUAAAGGUGCAACUUCAACGGGCUCCGCGUGGCACCAAUUCGAAGACCCUAUCGAAUGCAAUCAAAAGGGAGAACGUGGAUUAUUCAGCGGACAGGGUCUACUCAAAGCACCAGUCAAUGUUUGGGAAAUGAUCGGCCGUGGAUUCGUAAUCACCGGCGAACCUUCCCAUGAGCCCAAGAGCACUGAUAUGUGUGGUGUGAUAGCUCGUAGUGCCGGUACUUGGGAGAAUGCCAAGCAAGUAUGCGCCUGUAGUGGUAAGACCGUGUGGCAGGAACGCGAAGACGCAUUGCACAAAAAUAUUGAAAGAUCUAUGUAA